AUGGCACCUACAAUCACUUCAGCCAUGAUCUACUCUAAGGAGCACCUGACUCUGACAAACAAGAUUAGAAAGCCAGUCGUGGAGAAGUUACGCAGAGAUCGUAUCAACAGCAGCAUUGAGCAGCUCAAGUCUCUCCUGGGUCCAGAGAUCCUCAACCAGCAGUCUGACUCCAAGCUGGAGAAAGCAGACAUCCUGGAGAUGACAGUUUGCUUCCUGAGACGACAGCAACAGUACCAGCCAGUGAGCUCUUCCUCCUGCUCAGCACCUGUCAAUCAGGGUUACUCCAGAUGUGUCCAAGAGAUUGUACACUUCCUGUCCACAGAUGAGUUGAAGACACCAUCUCAGAGAAAACUGCUGAGCCACUUGCUGCUGGAAUUUCAGAGCCUGCAACCAUCCUCUGAUAAGAACAGAAGGGAGAGUGACCUGCCUCAGCUGAGCUCUCCAGUCCAGCACAGCAUCAGCAAAGAGAAGAGUCCAGUUAACAGCGCCCUCUGGAGGCCCUGGUAG